AUGACGUUUCUUUUUUUGGCACUUUUCUUUUGCUUUCAACCUGUAUCCGCAGUCAGCCUCCCUCGGUCUUCAGUCAUCAGAGAAUCUGAAUCGGAGAGUAUCUAUUCUUACGAUAUGUCAGCUCCUGACGGGCCACCUAAUUGGGGUAGCAUUGAACCUUCGUUUGUGUCUUGCGCAGCUGGUUUUGAGCAGAGUGGCAUCGACUACCCAUGCGAAUCAAGUGGCUUGAUCGAUUUUGAAAAGACAGGAAGCCCAAUGGUGUCUCCUUCCUCUGCUGCAGCCUUCAAUUUCGCAAACACAACUUCGAAUUGGGCUCUGAAUUGUGACAACCCGGGGUCUUGUGGAUCUGUAACAUUCAAAGACAAGACCUACUCUCUUAUAAACCUACAUUUCCACUCGCCCAGUGAGCACGCUGUUAAUGGAGUUCAAUACCCUCUUGAGGCUCAUAUGGUCCACCAGGAUGAGGACGGAUCUCUACUUGUCAUAGGAACUUUCUUUUCAGAUGGGUCCCAGAAUGACUGUCUUACCCACAUGGAGUUAGACGCCGGCCAAGCGAAUCGGGAGUUGCAGUCGAUUCUGGUCAACAUCAUCAGCGGAGAGAAGUCGUUUGUCGUAGAUGUCGCCUCAUUUGUUGGCGGGUUUGAAUAUUUACACUACGAUGGAUCUUUGACUACUCCCCCAUGCUCCGAGGGUGUAAUGUGGUUUAAUGCACGGCAACGACAGAACGUCGCGACUGGUCAGAUCGCAUUAUACGAGAGUACAACCGGCAGUGAUGAGUUUGCUAAUGCAAGACCGAUGCAGCCUUUGAACGGGCGAUCCCUGACUGCUUAUUCUGGUUUCGAGUGA